CAAAAAGACAGAUGAUCCGCUUGGUAGGAGGAAGUCCGUGGGGUUUCCAGUUACAAGGCGGAGCAAAAACUGGGCGCCCAUUAACAAUUCAUCAGAUACAACACAAUAACAAGCUGUUUAGCCAAUUAUAUGAAGGGGAUGUAGUGGACAGUAUCAACGGCCGACCGGUUAGAGGCCUGACCUAUGACCAAGCAAUGAAUAUUGUAGACGCAUCAGAGGAGACUCUAGUCUUGGAGAUAAUCAGGUCAGAUGAAGAAAUAAAAGAUGGCGCAAUACUUCAAUUGAACGGUUUAGUAUCGCCUUAUGAAAUGACAACAGAGAAGAGCAAAGAAAAUGGAAAUCACAUACUUCACAGAAACCAGAUAGAAGAAGACCCUGGAACUGUCACAUAUCAACUUCAAGAAAAAGAAUUUAAUUUACCCUGUUCAUCAGCCAUACAAACAGCCCCUCUUUCAAACGGGCCGAUCUCAGUGGAACAAGACUGCGAGUUAACGUCUCCUGAUGACCAACCUUUUAACCACACUAGGGCUAUUUGCCAGGAAGUGGAGUCAAACAAUGUUAUACAAGGAGAAGAAAGUGGGUCGGUCUGCGAUAAGGAACCCAACGAGGUUCAACCAGAACAAACAUCAACUGGACAAAAUGUGGAUAGCUUAGUUCCCCACUCUACAUCCGAAGACAUAACCCGCACUCCGAAAUCUUCUAAAACGCCCUCUCCUCCACCCGUCACCAGCCUCGAAACAAAUGAUACUUUUCUAACUCUUUCAACUACCUUUACACCUAUUAUGUUCAAAGUUAUGAAAUUUCAGAAAGCAUCAAACAACAACGCCAAUAGUUACAUAUGGAAACCACCAGGGUCUAGCUCUGUACCUCGAUCAAAGGAUGUCCCUUCAUUUUCUCAACAAUAUUUGUCCACAAUCUCAUCAUUCUCUUCAGCAUCAACAACAACUACUAAAAUAUCGACCACUAGUACCACACUGAUGUCACAAGUGACAACAACAAUCAAAGAAAAAUCCAAACAAACAAAUCAUUCAGACUCAGAGUCGUCGAACAAACAAGAAAAAUCAGACAUUCAAAUCAAUCCUCAUGCCUACGAACCUGCACCAGAAGCUGAAAUGGACUACUUUGAACUGUUCCCGCGAAAAAAAAAGAUGUUUUCUUCGUCGAGUUUCUAUGAAGACCCUAAUGCCAUCUAUCCUACUGUAGAAGAACAAGUUCGACUCUGCAGGAAGAUUGCGGGAUCACUUUCUUCUGAGACAAACAAGAAGUCCAGGGGAGCCAACAUGUUUUUCAAACGUGUGAAACGUUCCCAAAAAUGGAUACAUGAAGGUCCAAGUGCUGUAAGAAAUGGAACAGAUAAUGAAGAAGGAACAGACAAAACUUUAGAGUUUUCGAUAUCUGAUCUUCUAAACUCCCCCUACAUUAAAAUAAGUAAAGAUCCUCCAAAACUGAAACUGAUACUUGAUCCCCGUCACAUUCAAGAUGCCGCUCGGUUAAGGAAGGAAGGGCAAGAUAUUAGCGAACACAAUGUCGUAAGUCCUGAUGUAUGCCUAGGAAUUGUUAAAGACCUUUACAGUCCCACCGGCAAGGGAGCCGCCUUGUUUGCCAAACGUAAGAAAAAAUCCGAAGAAUGGGUUGUAGACAAAGGAAAAAUCAAAUCCCUACAAGAGCACACAAUAACAACCCCUGUUGAACAGAGAAGAACAGAAUCUCCUUUCCUGGAAAUGCCUCCACAACCAUCAAGACUCCAAGAAAUGCCUAAAAAGGUACGUUUCAAACUGGUCAAAAGUCCGUGGCAGGCAGCGCUUGAGUCGCCAUGUGGUAGUUGUGAAGCAGCGUUUCUCGAAGUUUGGCCGGAUAACCAACUAGACUUUGUAACUGAAUCUGUUAUUCGAGCAGCUGAAGCAAAAACUCAGAAUUUCGCAACGGCAGUUGUAGACAAGAAGAACGAAACGAUGUCAGUGCCUCCUCAACCAACCUAUUUACGAUUUCUGAAAACCUCAAGUGGUACCACUUAUCAACCUCGGGCACCAAAAGGAUGGACAGGCUACUCCACAGCAACCUCUACUCUACCUCGUGCCCAAGACUCUCCAUUACCUCUAUCUCCAGGAACACAGGUGAAACCUGAUUCUACAAAAAUGACGUUCAGGAACUUCAAUAACAUUGCUAAAUCUUGGUCGCUUUCAACGAUUCAAACAGAUCGAUCUUUCAGACCUGUAAAACUUACCGUAGGCUAUCUUAUUUAAUAGCAUAAUCAUAUCAGAUCCUAUAUAUAUUUGAUUGUUUUUAAUAGAUGUUUUCCCAGGUUCAUAGAGACAAUCUUCACUUCAGAGUCUCUACUUCUUCCAGAUGAUCUUAUAUUUACUUUUGUAUAAUCGAACAGUUGUAGGAUGAGCGUAGAAUUUUGUAAUGUCUUGCAGCUUUAAAUUAGGUUGUUAUGUAGGGUUUGGUAGUAAUGGUUUACAAGUGUACGUAUUCAUCAAACGAGAAAUGUUAUCACCAUUAUUCCUAUUCUGUGUCAAAAGAAAUAC